UGGGUAUUUUCAGAAUGUUGUGCUUUGUUAUACCUCAGCCCUUCAGGUUGGAUGAGUUAGGAAACAGCACCGAAUGGCCGGUCGCGGCUGCUGCAACGAACCGACCGCAUACAACCAGAUUGCAAUCCAGUAGGUUUUACAGGUCGACUAUACCUCUGCUUGGCUUGGAUGCUGAAGGUUACUAGCGCCCGGGAGGCCGACAUUACAUCGGCGGUAACGCCAUACAUAAUCGCAAUAACGAGCUUCGUUACGGCGGCUGAAGUACAAUCUAAGGUCCUUAUUACAUAUCUCGCAAGUUGGCCAGGAUUCCUUUACCAAGUGAGUGCCGUUGGCAAUGGUCGCUCCUUCCAUCGCAAGCUCCAGCUUUAAUGGUAGCGCCUCAUCUUCCCAAUCAUCAGCGGCAAAACAAGGACGUACCGACAAGGAGCAACAGGAGGGCCAACAAGAGGAACUGGUAGACCGCACCUCCUCUUUUGAGAAUGGUGUCUUUGGUGUGCUGGUGACGCUAGUUAAGGAGAACAGCGAGACCCACAUUCGCAUCCGCUGGGUGCUGUUGAAGGUGUUCCUGGACACAUGGCAGCUGUUCACGACAGUCGUGUUGCCGGCCGAGCAGGGCUGGGAUAUUGACAGCAACGGAACGGUUUGGUCGGUGGUCUCUGUGUUCAACUUCAGGUGGCUCCACUCCCUGGGCUACAAUGUCUACCUGUUUGCCUUGUACGGCGUGGCGGCUGCCCUGGUGUUGGCCUUGGCUCUGGGCGUGUGGGUGAGCGGGUACUUCAAGGAGCGGAAGUUCCCACUGCGGUGGCCCAUCAAGCUGUUAUGGCUGAUACGCACCUUGGGCUUCCAAACAUUCGACGUGGCGUGUCUGCACCUGCUGCAGCUGGGCAUCAGCUGCAACUACACGGGCGCGCUGAGGCCCCACAUGCACCUGAACCUCUUUCCGCAAUACAGCUGCGCGAAGGCGCCACACAUCCUGCACGCCAUCGUGUCCGGGCUGUGCCUGGUGCUGUUCGUGGCCAUUGCGCUGCUGCUCAACAUGGCGGAGGUGGAGGUCAACCCCAAGUCACGGCGACCGCUUGCCCUCGGUCACAGUGGGGCGGAGGUGGCGGCAUUCGCCAUCAAGGCGUUGCUAACGCUGGUUAACGUCUUCUUUGGCUGGAGGCGUGUGGCUGCCUGCUUCUAUCUCGCGCUCUCACUAGCCCUCGCCUACCAGUAUCUGCGAUGGAGCCCCCACCUUGUGGCCUGGGUCAACUACCUGAAGACCGGCGUGUCUACCACCGUCGUGUGGUGUGCGGCAACACUCAUGCUGCUGGUGUUCGAGCCCGGGGUGAAGCAACAGGGUCGGGACAGCUGGUCGAAAUUGAUGACAAUUGUGAUGCUGUCAGGACUGGCGCCGGCGUUUGGAGCCGGCAUGCUGCUGUCUCGCAUUAUGAUUCGACGCAUGACAAGUACCACGCUGAAAUGCUUGAAGAAUAUGAGACCUAGUGAUCGGCUCGAAGACGUGGUUGAGAACAUCACCGACCCACGGGACGUUGAGAUCGUUGCCAGGUGUUGCCGUGUUGGAUUAGACCCUGCUGGCUUUCUAGACCCUGGCGUCAUGGAGAGGGCGGCCCAAGUGAUCAAGGCUGGCUUAGCCAUGUUCCCCACCAGCGCCUACAUGGUGCUGCUGCACGCCAACUUCAUGAUUGACGUGCUGGGGGUCAGCCAGAGCGGCAGCCGCCGGGUACAGGAUGCACGUCGCUUGGAGCCCAGUCUAAUGUGUCGCUUUAUCAUGUUUGUACGACAGCAAAGCCAAACGCACAAGGACAACAACAGUCAAGGAGCAACGAUGGACAUGUUGAGCUAUGUGGAGUACCAGCGCAAGCAGCGCAUUGUGCUCAGACUUCACCGGGAGGCACUGCAGGCGAUGUGCAACUUCUGGCGGUACCUUGACACAAGCAACAUCUCCUUCCGGCAGCUAAGUAAGGCCCUGGCAAAGAUCGAAGCCUCGGUAUACCAGGCCCAAAAGGCAUACCGGGUCGUGCUUGAUGACUACAGCAGUAGCCCGAAGCUGCUGCGGCUGUAUGCCAAGUUCCUGCAAGGCGUAAAGAGCGACCCGUGGGGCGCGGUGCAGUACUUCGAGGCAGCUGAGAAGCUCGAGGAGAAGACUGACAACGACGCAGGCGGUCCGCUGCUGCCAGAUGGCACUCCGCUGGGCCGCAUGGACGAGAUGGACGUGGCGGUGCUGGUGGUGAACGCGGCUGGGGAGAUCCAAAUGGCCAACCGGCAGACACACAACAUGUUUGGUUACAAGCGGGGCAACCUAGAGGGCAAGCACCUGUCCUCCCUGCUCGCGCCGCACUUCAGCGGGCGCCUGUCCGAGCAGAUCCAGAUGAUGGUGUGUGCGGGGGAUGCAUCUGUGGUGGCCGGCGGCGCGGGUGGGGGCGGAGGCAGCAGCAGCGAGGGCUCUCAUCAGGGAGCCGUGAGGGAGCUGGAGAUGCUGGGCAUGCACUGCGACAGGCUGGCGUUCCCGGUCAAGCUGUCACUGCGAAAGGCAUCAGGUGUCGGGGAGGACUCCGCGAUCAUCGCAAUGCUCGAGCCGGCAGCGUCUCCCAAGUCCGUCGCGAGCCUGUGGGUGGCCCCCACGGGAACCAUCGCGGCGUGCGACCCGCGGUUCGUCGCCAACUUUGGAUGGAGGGCUUCGGAGGUGUACGGCGCCAAUGUGGGCGCGUUGAUCACCAUCCGGUUCCCAGGCGUGCAGGCGGGUAAGGCCACUGACUUGGAGCUGGGUGGCCACGCGUUCUUCCCAGAUGAUGAGGAGGCGGAACACGCAGACGAUUACAUGGAUUCCAUGCCCAAGUUGCUUGCAUGGGCGAAGGCCGCCCGGCAGGACGGCAGCUUCAGGGCCGGGCUGCAGUGCGUCAUCGCGCACAAGUACGACAGCUCGCCGCUGAUGUGUUCGUUGACGGUUGUGGAGGACGCAAGUGCGGGAGUGCCGAUACACGAGGUCCGCAUCCGACUGCUCUCCUCGACCGUCGACCAUCGGCAAAUCCUGGCGGUGGAUCGCAAGGGCGCACUGGUCCACGCAUCUCCGGAGCUCGUCACCUCCCUCAUUGACACCCUCGGCUGCGCGCCCCUCACCGGUG